UUGAAGACCAAGAUCUGAUGGAGAGCAGGUCAAACAUGUGGCUGUAUAUAGCAUCACUGUGUUUAAUCCAACAAGCUAUAAAUGCAGAAGAAGCCACAACCCACAGACAUCUGAAUCCUCAAGAAUUCAUGACUAUUGGUGAAAUCAUCGAACAUUGGGGAUACCACAGUGAAGAAUAUGAAAUCUUGACAGAAGAUGGUUAUUAUUUGCAAAUAAACCGAAUUCCUUAUGGAAUGCACACUCCUGUGAAGCAAGGGCCUAAACCAGUCGUCUUACUUGUACAUGGUUUGUCAUUUGAAGGUAGAAUGUGGCUGGCAAAUCUUCCCAGCAAUAGCUUGGGAUUUGUCCUGGUAGAUGCUGGUUAUGAUGUCUGGAUACUAAAUAACAGAGGUACAACCUGGUCUAGAAGACACCAGACUCUUUCAAUUGACCAGGAAGAAUUUUGGAAUUUCAGUUUUCAUGAAAUGGGAAUAUAUGAUAUUCCAGCAGCAAUAAACUUUAUCCUACAGAAAACUGAGCAAGAAGAGUUGUAUUAUAUUGGGUUCUCUCAAGGUUCUGCAAUAGGUUUCAUUGCUUUUUCAACAAUGCCAGAACUUGCUCAAAAAGUCAAACUUAAGAUAGCCUUAGGCCCUGCCUAUACAGUUACAAAUAGCAGUGGAUUUUUUUAUGGAUUUCUUCUAAUUCCUAAUGGAUUAAGAGAGCUUAUCUGGGGCAACAAGGAAUACUGUCUUUUUAGUAAUAGACUAAAAACCACCACUGCCAAAUUUUGCAGUGGUGCAGUAAUGGACAGGCUUUGUCUCCAGUUCAUCUUCCUUAGUUUUGGAUAUAAUGAGAAAAAUUUAAAUGUAAGUCGAGCAGAUGUGUAUCUUGGAAUCUUUCCUGAUUUUACUUCUGUAAAAACAGUUAGUCAUUGGAGUCAGGUAGCUUAUUCAAAUGAAUUCAAACAUUUUGACUAUGGAUCUAAGAACAAAGCUAUAUACAACAUGGUAAGCCCUCCAUUCUUAUAGAAGCCAAGAAGGGAUAUUCGACUGUUGCCAAAUAGCUUCGUGUGGAGUGCUGGGAAUGACAUUCUUGUAAAUGAAACAGAUACAGAACUGUUGGUUCAUCGAAUCCCUCAUUUAGUUUCCUAUAAGAAUAUUCCUGAUUGGCAACAUACGGAUUAUGCUUGGGGUCUUGAUGCUCCUUUGGACCUAUAUCCAGAUAUGCUUAAUCUGAUGCAGAAGUUUAAAUAAAGAGUAUGGAAUCUAAAUUGCAUAUAUUCUAUGUUAACAUGGACAUUUUUCAAAUAUUCUUUUGUUAUAUCUUUAAGAAUGUAUUUUUUAAAAACGUUAAUAAGUCAUUUUAAUUGCAAUAUUUAUUACUGUCUGUCCAAUUUUCACUUCAUUGAAUACUGAAAGGAUUGAUAGGGGAAUUAACUGAUUGUGUAAUGUAGAAGUAAUUCUUCAUCUAUAUAGAUGUACAUGUUCCCCUUGCUCUUUCAAUGCAGAUGAUUGUGCUGGGCAUUUGUAGCAAACAGGACAAGAAUAGAGGGAAGGAGGAGUGUCAUUAGUCUUGCCUCGCAAACCACUCCAUUGUUUUGCCUGAAAGGUCAAAUAAAGCUAAGGGAUGUGGUUCAGUGCCUCUGUUAUGCCAUCUAACAUAUUACAGUUUGCAGCUGAUUGAGCCAGGAAUUCAUUUGACAGCCACACAUUUUAUAUAUUUAACAACAGAUUUUUGAAUAAGAUUUUGGGAUAGGAUAUGGUUUUCCAUUUAGGUCCCUAAUGUUGGGAGCUACCACAGAAUUUCCACAGAUUAAUUUCAGGGGGGGGGCUGUUUUUUCCAAUUUCCUUUCCAGUGGCUGACCUUAAAUUCACCUCCUAGGUUGUUUCUGGGUGCCCCUUGCACUCCAGCAGCAAACUUUUGGGUGAUCAAAAUGAGAGAGUGUAGUAGUUAAGAGCAUGUGGACUCUAAUCUGGAUGACCAGGUUUGAUUCCCCACUUCUCUAUGUGAGUUGUUGACUCUUAUGUGGUGACCAGGAUUUCCCACCCACUCCUCCACAUGAAGCCUGCUUGGUGACCUUGGGCUAGUCACAGUUCUCUCUGAACUCUCUCAACCCCAUUUACCACACAAAGUGUUUGUUGUGGGGAGAGGAAAGGAAUGAGUUUGUAAACCACUUUGAUACUCCCUACAGGAACAAAAUAAAUCAAAACUCUAGCUCUUCCUGCUCCUGCUCCUGCUCCUCCACUCAGUAGUAGAGGUCAGGGGAAGUUCC